AUCCCUGCCCCAGACCCGAACCAGGCCGAGGAGGAGCGCCUUCUGCCCCCGCUCACACCUGUGCUAUCCAGCACGCCUUUCCUAUCAUGGAGGCCCAGCGGUAUCCCAUCAGCGUCCGUGUGAUCGGAGUGAUGCACAAGGAGAAGAGCAAAAUGUACGUGAUCUCCGUGCUGUGGUCGGACCAGAAUGACAUUGUUGUGUAUAGAAGUUUUCGGGAUUUCAAGAAAAUGCACAAACAAAUGAAGAAAGCGUUCCCAGGCUCGAGUAAACUGAACAAGUCCGACAGGGUCAUCCCCAGAUUUCGAGACAAGAAGAUGAAGCGCAGCAGUCAGAAGAAGGGCCCGACCAGGUCACUGGUGCGCCUCAAGUUCUUGCAGAAAUACUGCAACGAACUUCUGAGCAGCGACCCGCGCGUCUGUCAGUCUGCGGACCUCAUCAAGUUCUUCCACCCCACAGACCAGGACCUGCAGCCGGAGUUCGCCAAGAACAGUAUCAUGGUCAUGCCGUCAGAGGAUGACAUCCGCGCCGGGGUGGGACAGGUCGGCGGGGGUAACGUGACCCAGCCGUUCGUCACGGAGACCUACAGGUGCGUGGCCCAGUACGAGACCAAAGACACCAAGAACAAACCUUUCAAGGUGGCGGUGGAUGAAAAGGUAGACGUGCUCAUCAAAGACAAAGCAGGGUGGUGGCUGGUGGAGAACGAGGACAAGCGGAUGGCCUGGUUCCCUGCCCCCUACCUGGAGAGGCUAGAUGAUGAUGAUGACGACGAUGAAGAUGAGAUAGAUGGGACUACUGAAAGAGGAGUGCUGUACACUGCGGUCAAGAGCUACAAGGCCAGCAAAGAUGACGAGGUAACCGUGGCCAUCGGCGCAGUGGUGGAGGCCCUGCAGAAGUCUGACAAUGGCUGGUGGCUCAUCAGAUACAAAGGUAAAGUAGGUUACAUCCCUGCAAUGUACCUGCAGCCCUACAACCACCCUCAUAUCCGCAUGACGGCCCUCCAUCAAGACCCUCGCGCCUCCCCCCAGCUCCUCAUGCCCUCCUCGAGUCUGGAGCAGCAGUCCCGCCAGUUCAGCCGCUCGCAAGCAAACCUGCUGCAACUCCCGGCUGCCAGGUCGCCGUCGCCCGGCCAGCCGCAGCCGGAAAGCAGGCAGCGAUCUCGCUCUCUGAACAUCCCGUCUGAGCAGCCUCCCCCUCAGCGUGCAAGCACCCCUGUCUGCCCUGCAAACGUUGCCGCCAAGCCUACCACCAUACAGCACGCCCCUCCACCCACCAUCAUGGUGGAGAUGGACGGAGACGGGGGGCGACGUGGCAGGAGCCUGACGGAGGACAGCGAGGGAAGCUUCGAUAGCGACAGCAGCGACUUCAGCUUCAGCGACGACCUCAGUUCCUCCUCGGCGAGCUCGACCUUCAACCUGAGCUGGGGCGUCAGCGCCGAGCAGCUGCGCCUCAGCCGCACGCCUGAACCCACGGCGAGCGACCGCCUGAGCCCGACAAGGGGCUCGGAGGGGAAAAUGAUGCCCAGCGUCUCUGAUCCCAACCUGUACAAGGGCCCGACGACGCCGAAGGUGCCGCCCAGGCCGCGGACCCAGGAGAUCCUCACCAGGUGCUCCACCGUCACCCGCAAGAAAGCAGCCGCUCUGUCGCCCACACAGACUGAGAUGCUGAGUCGAUGACGUGUUUGCCAACGUUUGCUGUAUCAUUAGAGAACAAUGCUGUUGCUGAAGGAUUGAGUUCUGCUAAUUACAACUGCUUGUGAACUUUGUUUAAUGGAAGAGAUGAAAGAGAUUGUGUUCAGCAGCGUAACUGUGUGUGAAGAGAAAAGCAUUCAGAGGCUGUGCAUUGUGAUCAGAGUGGGAAUGUUUCAGAGCCAUGACGUUGUGCCAACACUUGGUCAAGUUGUGUUUGGUAGAAAUGUAACUUAUUGGUCUCGUUAAUGUUGUUUGCACAUUCUUUGACUACACUGCCAACAAGUAUGGAGAAAAUGUAGCCUGUACAAAAGGCCUUGUUUACAGCAAAAUCACUAUAAACAUGUAGACGAUAAAUCAGGAUGCACAAAGCUUUGCCACACACAUGCCUCCUUCCUGUCUGUUUCGAAUGAUCAUUUAUUUUCCAUACUGGAAACCUCGCGUUGUUGUGCCUCGUAUGCAUUUUGACUGUGCAGAGUGCAUCGAUUUCUUCUUGUGGCAGCAAAAGUAAAUGUUUGAGUGUGCCGACUGGUCCGCAGCCAGCUCCACUCCGCCAGCAGGAUGUGUGUGAGUUAACGCUGAACCAUGUAGAUUCUGGUUGUAUUCACGUUACUGAAGAGCUUGAAUCAAAUAAAAGCAUGUCUGGGCAA